UGUAAAUAUAAAUAUAAAUUGAACAACGUGUGUUUCUUUCGUUCGUUUGUUUGGUGACGUUCACCGAUCACCACGAUUACAGCACAGCAAUUCUUCAUUUCUGCUUGCUCUCGAUCUACUGCAGCCUCCGGUGACGACAUUAAAUUCUGAGUUAUAAGAAUGCCGGUCAGAAUAGCUGCCCGUAGCUUGAGGAGCAAGAUUUUGCCCAUGUUCACUCCUGCAGCUACACUGCAUUCCCAUGCUACUAGCUUUGGAUUUAAAGAAGUAAAUGAAGAAGAUAAAAGCCAAUUAGUUGGUAACGUCUUCACCAAAGUUGCAUCCAACUAUGACAUCAUGAAUGAUCUCAUGAGUGGUGGACUGCAUCGGUUGUGGAAAGAGAGAUUGGUUUCAAAAUUGAGUCCGUUUCCUGGGAUGAAACAUCUCGAUGUAGCUGGUGGCACAGGUGAUGUUGCUUUCAGGAUCCUGGAAACUAUAUAUAGUGUCCACCGCAGAGCCGUAGAUGACACACUCGAAGAUGAUUUGCAUGAAGAAACACAAAUACAUGUUUGUGAUAUUAAUCCAAAUAUGUUAAACGUUGGUCGAAAGCGAGCCCAACAAAGAGGGCUUGGAGAUUUGGGAUCUCUCACAUGGAUUGAGGGAGACGCAGAAAGGCUUACGUUUGAGGAUAACUCAAUGGAUGGUUACACCAUCGCUUUUGGUAUUAGGAAUGUUACACAUAUUGAAAAAGUUCUUGCGGAAGCAUACAGGGUACUGAAAAAGGGAGGGAGAUUCCUUUGCCUUGAACUUAGCCAUGUAGACACUCCAGUUUUCAAGCAGCUGUAUGAUCAAUACUCGUUCUCCGUCAUUCCAGUUAUGGGAGAGCUUGUUGCAGGAGAUCGUGAUUCUUAUCAGUAUUUAGUGGAGAGCGUGCGGCGUUUUCCUCCUCAGGAGGUUUUUGCUUCAAUGAUCGCGGAUGCCGGUUUUCAAAAGGUCGAGUAUGAAAAUCUUGUGGGAGGAGUGGUGGCAAUCCAUUCUGGGUUGAAAAUUUAGGUGCUUAUGCAGUCUUUAUCAAUUCAUUAUCGCAAGGGAAGUAUAAUUUGUGUUCUCUAGAGGCAUUUUUUGUUUUGUAAUGUUAUACCAUGUUUAUGUUUUUUUUUUUUGUUUUGAUACUUUGAUUGAAAACAAAUAAUAUUCAUAAACUGAAAAAUAAAUAGUUGUUUAUUAUUAAA